AUGGAUGCUGUCCGCGUUUCUAAGAUUCUAUCCAACUACUUCAUCGCAUCCGCUUCUUCUCCCCGACGAGAACACUCGGUCCCCUUCCGUCCCACACACGCUCUCCCCUCCAUCGCUCACGCUUCCUCGCUCGAACAAGCACGCUCUUUCCCCUCCCGUCUCCUUCGCGCAAUCCCCAUUGCCUCGCACGCUCGCUUCCCUCCGUCGCGGAUUACAAAUUCCUUCUCGUCUCCCACGCGCACUCCCCAAGACCGAGCACGCACGCUCCCUUCCGUCGCCCACGCGCACUCCGUUCCCGCCGCCCACUCGCACUCCCUUCCGUUGCCCACGCUCAAGACCUUCCCGUCGCCCACGCUCACUCCCUUCCCAUCGCCUUCGCGCAAUCUUUCCGUCGCCCACUCUCAAUCACUUCCGUCGCCAGCACUCACUCCCUUCCCGUCGCCCACGCUCACUCCCUCCCGCCGCGACGGUCCCCUCCGUCGCACAUGCUCACUCCCCUCCCUCGCCCAUGCCCACUCCCUCUCGUCGCCCACGCUCACUCCUCCCCGUCGCGCACGCUCUCUCCCCAUCCGUCGCCCACGCUCACUGCCCUUAGAGUCAGUGCGUGCAGCGUACGACAAGGCAGCGGUUUAUUUCCUGCUGGAGCGCCAUCCCUCACCUCCCCAUCCCUCACCUCCCCAUCCCUCACCUCCCCAUCCCUCACCUCCCCAGCCCUCACCUCCCCAUCCCUCACCUCCCCAGCCCUCACCUCCCACUCACCUCCCCAUCCCUCACCUCCCCAUCCCUCACCUCCCCAUCCCUCACCUCCCCAUCCCUCACCUCCCCAUCCCUCACAUCCCCAUGCCGCAUCUCCCCAUCCCUCAUGUCCUCAUCCCUCAUCUCCCCAUCCCUCACCUCCCCAUCCCUCACCUCCCCAUCCCUCACCUCCCCGUCCCUCAUCUUCCUAUCCCUCAUCUUCCCAUCCCUUUCCUCCCCAUCCCUCAUCUCCCCAUCCCUCACAUCCCCAUGCCGCAUCUCCCCAUCCCUUAUGUCCUCAUCCUUCAUCUCCCCAGCCCUCACCUCCCCAGCCCUCACCUCCCCAUCCCUCACCUCCCCAUCCUUGCUGCUGUUGCUGUAAAUGAUGCGGAAACCCGCCCUGUGUGCCCCUCCCCGCGUCACCAUCCCCGCCUCUCCCCCGUCAACCCCAUCCCAUCCCCUGCCCUCAGGGAUGGUGUGGACGCGAGGUGGAGGAGUGGGGCGAGUCGUCGUGCUGAGUCGGGGGCGCCGCGACACCGUGGGAGGCACCAUUGCCGCCCCACCCCUGUCCGCCCCACCCCAUCUCCUCCUCACCCCUUUCCUCCUCACUCCAUUCCGUCUCAACAAGUUCCCCCUGUUUCCCCUCCCGAUCGCCCUCUCCAUUAUUUCCCUCCAUAG